CCCCGUUACACACCGCGUGUAAACAGUCGCUGCCGGCGCGAUCCGGGACCGUGGAGGAGCCCGGUCGCCGUGCGGCACGGCCCGCCCUGGGAGAGGCGGCAGAGGCGCGAGGGGAGGCGGGGGCGCGGCGCGCCGCGAUGGAUUUCCAGCAGCUGGCUGAGGUUGCGGAGAAAUGGUGUUCGCACACGCCCUUCCAGCUCAUCGCCACCGAGGAGACCGAGCACCGGAUGGAUUUCUACGCCGACCCCGGCGUCUCCUUCUACGUGCUGUGUCCAGACAACGGCUGCGGAGACAAUUUUCACGUGUGGAGCGAGAGCGAGGACUGCCUGCCUUUCUUGCAGUUAGCACAGGAUUACAUAUCUUCCUGCGGCAAGAAGACACUCCAUGAAGUCUUGGAAAAAGUGUUCAAGUCCUUCAGACCUUUGCUGGGCCUUCCAGAUGCAGAAGAUGAUGCAUUUGAAGAAUACAAUGCAGAUGUGGAAGAGGAAGAGCCAGAGGCAGACCACCCCCAAAUGGGGGUUAGUCAGCAAUAACUCCUCAAGCACACCUUCUGGAAAAGGAUAAGGAGCCUUGUGGUACCCUAAGUGAGGUCACUGCUCCGGGUGUAGCCUUUUGGAUUAGCACUUUGAGACGGGACAUCUGGCUCCCAGCAUCCAAUUAAAAUGAAAUACUUUGAUAAUGACCACAAGGUCUCCAUAAAGAGCUGUGUCAUCACUUGAAUUUAGGUUUUACUUCAGUGAAGUUUCUAUGGAAUUGUCUCGGUAGGCUUUGCCACUUUCAAUUUAGAGUCCAUUUUGUGGCUGCCUGUUUCUCUCUUGAGUUUAUAUUGGAGGAUUAAUAUUCAGUGAUUAGAAGGAAGAGAACUCAGAAUGUAUUAAGGAUUUGUUUUGAGUUCUCACAAGUGUCCUUGCUGAGGAAAAGCAUGGUAGAGGAGGUAGUCAAUCUACACUUUUUAUAUACGUUUUAAGUGUUCACAAGUGAAAGAUUUUGCUUAUAAAGCAUGAGGUUUAAUAACUAAUUGUUAAACUACUCAAGUAAAAAUUCACAUGCAAAAGCAGAAAAGAUUGCUUUGGAUUAAGAUGGUAAGAGGCGAGGAACCUUGGGAGAGCGUCUCCAUUACUGAGUUACUUGGGUACGUAGCAACUGGUUCCUGGUUAGGUGUAAAUUGUUACUUGCAUGGUCAGUGGUUUCAAAACAUGCCAAUUACAAAGCCACUUUAAAAAUCUAAUAAUGGAAAAUAUAAAGGGUAUGAAAGACAUAAUUUACUGAUUUUUAAAAAUCUGUUUAUGAAAUAUCUCACAUAUAAAAUGAAACAUUUACCUUCAUAAUAAGAUAGCAACUUAUGAAAUCAUGAAAACACCCAGAAUCCAAAUAAGUGCUACUUAAACUUUGAAGCCAUAGAUAAAUUUUUAAAAAGGAGAGUAAAAAAUUUAAAAAUUAUCAUGGAAUCCUUUACUUUCUUAAUCUUUUAUUCUU